AGAGAGAGAGCACAGAGAUAGAGACAGAGAGUGCUAGGGCGGGAGAGGAGAGAGGAGAGAGAGAGAGAGCUCCGUCACAGAUCUUACCACACCACCAACACCACCACCACCACCCCCAGGCCUCACCACCAAGCCUCACGCCCUUGCCGAAGCCCCAGGAAGCCCUUAGACCACCUCAUGUAGCCCCCAAGCCCUCAGCCCAACCAUGCGAGGCGGGGAGGAGGUGGUAGAUUCUGGGACUGGGCUUGGCUUCAGACCCCUCAGCCCCUCAGACCACGAAAUCAGCCCCUCCCCAGGCUACAAGAAUGGGUCCAGCGGUGUCUCCAGAGGUCCCAGUGGUGAUGUAGGCCUCGGGGGUGGCUGCGGAGGGCGCGUUGUGGUGGUGGACGCCGUUAACAUGUAGCAAUACAACUCAACAACUCAGCAACCAAGUCUUCCAAGUGUUGUGAUUCUUAGAUUUUAAGUGGUAACCGAGUCUUCCAACCACGGGCCUUUAUCCAUAUAAGUGUAUGUGAACGGACGGACUGUGUGUUUGUGUAUUGCGUGUGUAUUGCAUCAUCUAUCGUGUGUGUUCCUGCCAUCCCUACCUGUAUCCAACGUGUAUUGCCUCUCUGUCCACACCUGUCCAUAUCCAGUUCCAUUCGCGUAUACUCUCCCCUGUGUGUGCCCUGCCCUGCCUUGUCCUACCCCUGGGUAUUGAUUCACCCCUGAGCAUUGACCGUCUCCCUUGUGGACUGUCUUGUGACCCCUGGCAUUGAUCGGGCACUGGGCAUUGCUAUAUAAGGCAUUCUGGGUAUUGAUAAGCCUGGGCAUUGAUUGAAGCCCAGUGUUAGAGAGGCAUUAAAGUCACUGUUGGCACUGAUUGUUGUUGCAUUGUGGCAUUGAUCCCUGUGGCACUGUGGGCAUUGAUUGAGGCACUGAUGGCAUUGUUUCCUAGAGUGCCAAAGCAUUGAGUUAAGCCACUGUUGAUAUAUUUACUCGUGGCACUGUUUCCAUUGGCCCUCGUGGCAUUGAAGGCAUUGAUUCUCGUGGCACUGUGGGCAUAGAAACCAUUGGCACUGAGGCAUUGAUUCUCGUGACACUGGGCUAAGUUUGUGUGGGCAUUGAUUCCUCUGACCCUGUUGGCAUUGGUCUGUAGUCUGGCAUUCUGUAAGCUGUGCCACGCCCACCAUUGAUCUCUGGCACACUGGGCAUUGAUCUGAGACCCUGCAUAUAGCAUUUGUCCUGGCAUCCUCUGCAUUUUAAUCUAACACCAAGCUUACUCUCCCUGUGUGGCAUUGAUCCCCAAGCCAGCCUGGGCAUUGAUCCACGGCGCCCUUCCUGCACUCCUCCUUGUGGCACCAUUGGCAUUGAUCCCUUGUUGCGCCUCUGAAAAGCAUUGAACCGCAUCUGUGCCCUGACAAAUACCAGAAGAGUGGGGUAUUGUGGCACUGUGGUUAAGGUGGUCUCUCAAGAGUGCCCCAGAACUGUAUGGAUGUACCAGAAUACCCUGGCACUCGAGACUUUAGUGCCUAGGGUAUUGGCAUCAGUCGUGCAUUGAGGCUAGAGUAUUGCAAGGAUUGUCUGAGAUAUUGGCAUUGCUGGUUUCGAGAAUAUUGCCAGCUGCGAAGACUGUCUGAAGAUAAUUGAUAGUCUGAAUAUUGCUCCAACUGUACCGUGAAUUCAGUAUUGCAAGGAUUGACUAAAGAGGGAGAAUUGAUGCUUUUUGGAUUGGAUAACAUUGCCAACUCAACCUUCAAGAGUCUAACAUUUCGUGGACUGGCUAAAGAGAAUUGAUACAGUUUGGAUAUUGCCUUGAAUUCAGCAUUGCCAAGAUUAACUGUAAAGAGAAUUGAUACAGUUUGGAUAUUGCCUUGAAUUCAGCAUUGCCAAGAUUGACUGUAAAGAGAAUUGAUACAGUUUGGAUAUUGCCUUGAAUUCAGCAUUGCCAAGAUUGACUGUAAAGGGAUUGAUACAGUCUGAAUAUUGCCUUGAAUUCAGCAUUGCCAAGAUUGACUGUAAAGGGAAUUGAUACAGUUUGGAUAUUGCCUUGAAUUCAGCAUUGCCAAGAUUGACUGUAAAGGGAAUUGAUACAGUUUGAAUAUUGCCUUGAAUUCAGCAUUGCCAAGAUUGACUGUAAAGAGAAUUGAUACAGUUUGGAUAUUGCCUUGAAUUCAGCAUUGCCAAGAUUGACUGUAAAGAGAAUUGAUAGAGUUUGAAUAUCGCUUCCAACAUUGCCCUGGAUCCAGCAUUACUAGAACUGACUAUUUGAAGAACUGACAUUGAUAUUGGUGCCAACUUUGCCCUAAAACCUGAAGGAACUGUUGGAAAGGCAUUGAGAGGAGGAACGUCUUAGAUAUUGGUUCCAGCUUCGCCCUGAAAACUGAAGGAACUCUUAUUGGUUCCAACUCAACUCUAAACCUGAGCAUUACAAUAACCUGCAAGAAAUACACUGAGAGGAACGUCUUAGAUAUUGGCACAAGCUUUGCCCUAAAACCCAAAGGAACUGUCUUUCAAACUGGGUCUAAAUUCACCCUAUAUAUCCGAGCAUUACAAGAAGUUAUUAGAAAGACAUUGAGAGGAACGUGUUAGUGGUACCAGCUGUGUUCCCAAGUUUUGUUUAAUUUGGCGAGCAUCCCAAGAACUCACUAUUGUCAAGAGUUCCCGUCAGGACACGAAGCGUAACGUCCUAUACACUGGUGGCAGCGGUGUUCCUUAACAUUGCAAGACCUGACUACCAGAACCACUUAGAGCAACAACCCAAGAAGUGAGGAUUGCAAGGAGUGACUGAUCGGGCUUUCAGAGUUAACCUACACCCUGGAUAUCAACCCCAAGCCUUGCCCUUCGAACUAGUGCCCUUGAGAGUCUGGCUUUGUUCCCAGUGAGGUUUUGGCGCUAAGAUUGGAGGUCUCCCGGGCACUGUCCUGUGUAGAGUCCAAAGUGCCCAUCGUCUGUGCCCUGAGAGGCUUAGAUCUUUGUCCUGUCACGUGCUGCCCCUGCUGGCUUUACCCUUCGCCAUAGAGGUGCCACGAAAUUGAAGUUGGUGCCUGGAGACCUGACCACCUGACCUAGUGACCUACCCACUCCAAGGAGACUCCAACACCUCAAGCUUUUGGAGUCGUGACAAAGGGACAACUUCAGUGCCAGGACAAGGGCGUACCCAGUGUCCCCUGGUGUCCCCUUUGCUCUGAGCGAGGUGGAGGCGUGGGCGUGGGCGUGUGUCCUCGUUGAUGAGCCAGCCGGGUGGGCAGGGUGAGGGCGGGGGGCCGUGGGAGCAGCUGGUGGCCUCGCUGCUGGCCCAACACACGGCGCUGCUGCACAAGCUCGCCGCUGUGGCCCCGCCCUCCGCCGUGCUGCCCUCCACGCCCGCCCUGCAGCACGCCCUCGCGCCCGCCCGCUCCCCCGCCCUCAGCCUCGGCCACCACGCCCGCAGGAACUGGCGGAACAGACGCAACAGACAGCGGAAGAAGCUAAGGCGUCUGUACCACCACGCCAGCCUCGACGCCGCGGCCUGGCGACGCCCCGACCACCCCCACCACCGCCUCCACCACCCCGCCGCCGCCGCCGCCGCCUCAGCCCCUACGCCCUCGGUCUCCAGCUCUUCCCCGCCGCCGCCGCCGCCGCCGCCCCAAGAGUCCUCCGCCACCACCUGCACCACCACCACCACGCACGUCCGACGCACGCUGCGCUCCGUCGUGAGUGUGCGAGAGACCCAUGCACUAGCAGAGGCACAGCAGGAGAAGAACUCACGGCUGAAGGAAGCGUUCGGCAUCUCCGAGUACUUCGUCGAGGGUUCGUCUCUCGACCCCAACCGCAAGGCCAAGGAGGAGCUGGCCAGGGCGGCGGCAGAGGGCGCGGCGGCCGGAGCCAACGCUGCCCCGGCGGGUGAGAAGAAGCGGUACGGCUGGGUGAACACGCCCUCCCCCUCCCCCGAACGAACCCCCGCCCAGUCCUCCUCAGCGGCAGCCAAGAGGGAGAAGAAGGACAAGAAGAAGAAGAAGAAGCGCAGCCGUGACAGGUCAUCCAGCGCUGAGUCCUCCAGGAAGAAGCAACAUAAAGGGAAGAAGGGGAAACAUAGCAGGAGUGAGUCCCCCAAGAGGAAGAAGAGGGACGCAAAGAAGAAGAAGAAGGAGAAGGGGAAGAGGCGACACCGGUCCUCCUCCACCUCGUCCUCCUCCUCCUCAUCCUCCUCCUCCUCAUCCUCCAGCUCCUCGUCCUCAUCCUCCAGCUCAGAGUCGGACAGUGGAGUGAGGGCAGCCAAGGCCAGCAAGCGUCGGCGCUCGGACAGCCCCGCCGCCUCAGACUCCCGCAGGAAGAGAAGCGACAGCCGCCACCGCCACUCCCGUAAGAGGCCGCACCACCACCACCGCAGCAGCAGCCGCCACCGCCACCACCAUGCUGAGAGCUCCCCGGAAGCCCCACGGCCCCGCACCAAGCGCCACCCCACCAUCAGCCCCGCCGCAGACUCCUCCCCUGAACCACCCAAGCCAGAUGCCCCCGCCCCCCCUGCCCCCAAGGAAGGGAAGAAGACAGGCCAGGACGGGGAGAAGGACCAGGACGGAGCGCGGGGCCGGGAGAGGAAGGGCCCCGCGGAGGAGGCCGGGGGCAGCGGGGACGUGAGCCCUACGCCCCAACACAAGAGAGGCUCAUCCAAAGACAAUGCAGCGCCCCGCCCCCAGAGCAGGUCGCCCCCCGGGGCACCCCAAGGGGAUGAUGUUUUGAAGAACCAGCGAGCGGCGUCCCUCAUCGCCUGUGGGUCCAUCCCCCUCCCUAAGCCCGCCAGCCCCGCCAAGCCCCAGGACAAGGCCAGCCCCAAGGCACCCCAGAGCCCUGCCUCCACCACCCCCGCCCCGCCCCAACCCCCCGACCCCAGCAGCACCCCAGACCUGCCCCGCCCACCACAGAACGGCAGACACUCAGUGAGGGCAGGACGCACUAGCCCCCCGCACUACAGAAGUCGGGGGUCCGCCGGGGCCACCACCACCAGCACCACCAGCCUCUCCCCCGCCCGCAGCCCCGACUCCCACAGCUCCUCGCCCCGCAGCCGCCACCACCGCCGCCGCCGCUCCUCCCGGUCCUCCUCCCGCUCGUCACACUCCGCCUCGUCCUCGCGCUCAAGGACAAGGUCACGCUCACCCUCACACUCUCGUUCCAGGUCGCAUUCCAGGUCACUGAGGUCCGGGUCAAGGUCACCCUCCAGGUCAGCCUCCAGGUCCCGGUCCAAGUCCUACUCGAGGUCACGCUCCCGCAGCAGGUCACGAGGUCACUCCAGGUCCAGAUCCAGGUCGUACGGGGGCCACUACAGCAGGUCGCCCACGAGGUCACGCUCCCGAACCAGGUCAAGGUCACUGUCCAUCCCGAGGAGGAGAGGUUCGCCUUCCUUCCUGGAUAAGAGGAGGAUUACCAGUGCAAGGAAAAGGCCAGUCCCCUACCACCGGCCGACACCUCCCCCCUCCCCCUCCUCCUCCGAGUCAUCCUGGUGGUCAAGAAGCCAUACCAGGUCACGGAGCAGGUCAUGGAGCCGUACCAGGUCACCCUCGUACAGCAGGUAAUAGAGAAAGGUCACGGGAGAGGUCAGGGGGUCAGGUCACAUCCUCCACCGCCUCUUCCCUUCACCCGAGAUCUCAAGAGGAGUUUGUGACCCUAAGAAGAUGCAAAACUCAAGAGGAUGUGAGAGCUGAUGUGUGAUUUUAAUUUUUAUUUUAUUUAUUUUAUUUAUUUAUUUAUUUAUUUAUUUUUUUUAAGAGGAUUGUCGGAGGUUGUGUUUUCCUUCCUCUUCCAUUCCUUCCUUCUUCCUCUUCCUCCUCUUCCUGUUAUUUCCUCCUUAUGCCUUCCUUUUCCUCCUCUUCCUCUUCUUUUUUCCUCCUCUUCCUCUUUCUCCUUCUACUUUUUCCUCUUAAUCUUUCUCUUUACCAAGUUUUUUCCUCAUUUUUUUCUUCCUUUUCCUCCUCCUCCUCCUUCCUUUUCCUUCCUUGCCCUCCUUCUUUCCUUCCUUUUCCUCCUCCUCCUCCUCUUUCAUUGUCCUCCUUCCUUCCUCCUCCUCCUCCUCCUCCUCCUUCCUUCCUUCCCUCCACCCAAGUCUGCAACCUUCACCGAAAACUUCACUGCAAUCUCAAAAAACCAAGGAAUUUUAUCGCAAACUCAACCAAAACAAUAAGUACCGUAAUUCCUUUUUCGAGACACUGGUGGUCGCUUCGGAAAGAUUAAAAUAAGGAACGUGUCGGGCUCCACUCGUAGAUUCAUGGCUGUAGUGUUUAUCGUCAUAGGCGGAACGUUUACCGAGGGCCAGAAUAAGCGGCGCGAAUACGUAUUACCGAGACACCAGAGUGCAAUAUGUUUACUCAACGGAAGAGAGCGAGAGAGAGCGAGAGAGUCAACCGUAUGCUAGAGUGUGUGUGUACGUCGAAACUGUCUCCGUUCGGUUGCGUUACGAGGCUAAACGAACCAAGAUACUCGUCAUUAUCGCUAGUCAGAGAGUCAUUAGGUUAGGCAGGGGCAGACUCACCCGCCCGCUAGUCAGGGAAACGGAGAAUGAGUCACGAAACGAAAGCUCGAGGGGUUGUUUACAUUUCCGCUGUGGUGGUGUCGUGCAAGAACCAGGAAGUAUGAAUGGGAAGGGACUUAGUAUGAUAGUUACGUAGAGAGAGAAAAACCUUACUAGGCAAAAGGGAACAAGAGUGUGUGGGUCUUACGUAGAUGUUACUCUUCUUGAAUUACUAUAGAUACGAGCGCAAGGAAAGGUUGAAUUUGGUGAGUGUACGGAUGCAGGUUGUAACGUUACGCGGAUGAUGUGAAAAAGAAUGUUGCAGAAAUAUGAACAUGCGUGAUUUAUUGUAGAUACGAGUGCAAGGAAAGGUUGAAAUACGUGAGUGAAUGGAUGAGAGUUGAAAGUUACGCAGACGGCUGUUAGGAAGAUAAUGUGAAAAAGAAUGUUGCAGAAAUAUGAACGUAGAUGUUACUCCUUUUGAAUUACUGAAGACAUGAGUGCAAUUAAAGGUUGAAAAUACACGGACGAACGGAUGAAUGCUUGAACGUUACUCAGAUGACUGUUAGGAAGAUAAUGUGAAAAAGAAUGUUGUAGAAAUAUGAACGUAGAUGUUACUCCUUUUGAAUUACUGAAGAUAUGAGUGCAAUUAAAGGUUGAAAAUACACGGACAAACGGAUGAAUGAUUGAACGUUACUCAGAUGACUGUUAGGGAGAUGUGAAAAUGAGCGAACAGGUGAAGGAUUGAAAGUUGCACAGAUGAAACGAACAAGAUAAAUAAAUGAAAAACGCAAAUAUGAGAGAUAGAAGGAUAAAUGAGAGUAGAUAGAUAUAUAGAUGAAAAUGAAUAAGCAAAUGAAAGGAGAAACUGAAUAAUGAAUGAGAGAAAGAAAAUAACAAACAGGCUUAUAUAGUACUUAUUUAUCAUUACUGUUAUUAUUAUGUGGCUAACAGAUGUGAAGUUGAGGACCUGGAAACAGUGCUCAGAAGGGAAAGACUCCGAUGGUUUGGACAUGUAAAGAGAGCAGGGGAGGAUACAGUGCUGGGAGUUUCAGUAGAGGGCCUGGAAACAGUGCUCAGAAGGGAAAGACUCCGAUGGUUUGGACAUGUACAGAGAGCAGGGGAGGAUACAGUGCUGGGAGUUUUAGUAGAGGGCCUGGAAACAGUGCUCAGAAGGGAAAGACUCUGAUGGUUUGGACAUGUAAAGAGAGCAGGGGAGGAUACAGUGCAGGGAGUUUUAGUAGAGGACCUGGAAACAGUGCUCAGAAGGGAAAGACUCCGAUGGUUUGGACAUGUGAAGAGAGCAGGGGAGGAUACAGUGCUGGGAGUUUUGGAGAGACUGGAGGUAGAAGGAAGGAGACCAGUUGGUAGACCUAGGAAAACGUGGAGGGAAACAGUGCCCAGAAGGGAAAGACUCUGAUGGUUUGGACAUGUGAAGAGAGCAGGGGAGGAUACAGUGCUGGGAGUUUUGGAGAGACUGGAGGUAGAAGGAAGGAGACCAGUUGAUAGACCUAGGAAAACAUGGAGAAGGUGUAUACAGGAAGACUUGGCACUGACAGGAUUGGAUGAGGAUCAGGCAGAAGACAGUAGAAUGGAGGAGGGCCAUAAAGCGUCCAGCUGCUCAGGAAGACUCAAAACGGACGAUAAACGAAAUGAUGACGAUGAUGAUUCCUGUUAUAAUUGCCCUUGUGUCCCUUGCCUCCUCGACUGUGAAAAUAAAGAACGAAGAAAUGACAUAAAUAAGGAGGUAGGAAAACAUUGAUAUUAUUGACCGAUCUCACAGAAUACUCAGUGCAAUAUGUAGUUAGAGAGAGAGAGAGAGAGAGAGAGAGAGAGAGAGAGAGAGAGAGAGAGAGAGAGAGAGACUUAAACUUAAUCUCCAGCGGCAUCAUGUACUUAACCGGAAUCCGCAGCGAAAGGAAGGAAUGAAAAAAAAAAAAACUUACUUACGUACUUAAAAAUGUAUCUAGUUUUUACUCUAGUCAUUUCGUACUUAAUUUAUUUCUACCGCUAACUACACUAACUUAUUUAUUUGAGAUUACUUAGUACUUAAUGACCCUGUAAUUACGUGAAUGUUAUGUUAAUUAGAAGGUUCCACACGAGAGAGCAUAAUUUGGCGCCCACACACACACACACACACACACACACACACACACACACAUACACACAUACAUACACAUAUUUCUUUCACUCAUAUAACCUCAUCUGUAUAUUUUCUCUACUCGUAUGAAAUUAUCUUCACUACCAUUGCCAUAUAAGUAAUUUGUGUAGUAGUAAAGUAUAGUUUGGGGCACACUUAUGUAAAGCUGCACAUCGCCUCAGUGCUCACCUCCGUCACACUAGCCCUCAUGUAUAGUGAUAUUAAGUACUUAACUAUCCCUUGGUUAUGCUUAUGGUUGAGAGAUAUUUUUCUUCAUUGUUUGAGAGAGGAAAAAAAUACAGGUUAGUUUUACACAGAUACCACAUAAUAGGUUCAUACUGCCCAUACAUAUAAUACAGAGGGAAUUAGUUGUUUCGGAAGGCAUCAGUGAAAGGAGUGAGAGAAUGAAGAUGCUGGUCAACUCUUGCAUUAGGAGGUUGGACAGCAAAUGGAUGAGUCUGAGUAAAAGAUCUAAAAGGAGGAGAUGCAGAUGAAAUAUUUAAGGUCAUUCCAAAGUAUAAAAGUGAGGGAUGAGAGAAUAGAGAUGCUGGUCAACUCUUGCAUUAGGAGGUUGGACAGCAAAGGGAUGAGGCUGAGUAUAGAGUCUUGAUGGAGUUAUAUCAUGAAAUAAAUCAUAAUACAGGGGAAAUUAGUUGUUUGUAGAAUGCAUCAAUGAAAGAAGUGAGAGAAUGAAGAUGCUGGUCAACUCUUGCAUUAGGAAGUUGGACAGCAAAGGGAUGAGGCUAAGUAUAGAGUCUUAAGGGAGUUAUAUCAUGAAAUAAAUCAUAAUACAGGGGAAAUUAGUUGUUUCGGAAUGCAUCAGUGAAAGGAGUGAGAGAAUGAAGAUGCUGGUCAACUCUUGCAUUAGGAAGUUGGACAGUAUAUGGAUGAGAGUAUACAGGCGCAGGAUUGAAGGCUGUCCCAUACAUACUUACAUACAUCCCUCCCCUUAAUGCAAAAUAAUGAUGUUACAUGAAAAGAGGAAAAAGAAUACAAAAAAGAAGAAGAAAUCACAUUCAUACCCAUACAUACACAAAUACAUAUCCAAAUACCCCUGAAAAUGGAGUGACCAGACUUCUGCUAAUACAUUUGUUAUGACAGAGGCAGGAGACACAGGUUAACUACACCCACACAGACACCCACAAAGCAUCUCAUACCAAUACAAGAAGGAAAAAACACUAUAGAUGCCGAAAUAUGCUCUCGCGCGUGAUGCCAACUCAGCAAUUUUCGUACGAGUGUUCUUUGAGUAGCGUUUGUAAGAAGGAUGUUUAAUUGUGUAUAUUUUGUACUUAAUGAGGAUAAGGUGGAGUAUGGAGGUACUUACUUAACUAAUUUAUUACUUAAUUUAUUGAUUAAUUUAUUGACGAGGGAGAAAGAGAGAGAGAGUAUGUAUGUACGUAUGUGUGUGUGCGCGUGUGUGUGUAACUAAUUUAUUACUCGACUUAUUGCCUAAUUUAUUGAUGAGAGAGAAAAAGAGAGAGAGUAUGUACAUGUGUGUGUGUGUGUGUGUGUGUGUAUAUCUGUGUGUGUGUAUAUGUGUGUGUGUGUGUGUGUGUGUGUGUGUGCAUUCUUAGCUAGUCAGAUUACCCCAAGAAAUGAUCCUGUACAUUACUAGUCAAGAGAGAGAGAGAGAGAGAGAGAGAGAGAGAGAGACCUUAGCUAGUCAUAUGAGCAACAAGUGAUGUAACAAAUAUAAAAAUAAAUACUAAUAAAAAUGAUUCUGGUCAACAAACGAGAUUAUUGAAUUUUUUUACAUAUAUUAACUUAUGUAUUUAUUGUGUGUUGAAAGGAAGAUACUGUUGAAUAAGUGUAUGUCAGUCUGUAUCUAUUAUUUAUUUAUUGAAGGGAGUGUAAGUGUAGUGAGCUUGUUCAUGUAAGUAAGUGAGGGUUCAAAAAGUAAUAAUAAUAAUACUAAUAUGUUAACUUUAUUUAUUAUUAUGCCCUCAGAGUGAAAUAAAAAUGAUGUCAUGUU